AUGGGAGAUACUGUUUACAUAGUCCAUAGGCAGCUUGAAAGGAUACCAACGAUUCCGGGGGAUGCCAAGACAGUUGAUCUAAGGCGGAAUAACAUAUCGAGAAUGGCCUUGAACAGGGCUGAGCUUGUCGAGUAUCUCGAUCUUUCCGAUAACAGAAUAAAAGUGAUUUCUGACCUCGAGAAUUUACCGAGACUGAAGGUGCUGGAUCUAAGCUACAACUUGAUAUCGGACAUCUCGAUACCCCGCAUGGGCAUUGAGGAGCUGUAUCUGAUUUCAAACGACAUCUCUGCAAUCCACGGGCUGGACCUUCCCCGAAUUAAGAAGCUGGACAUGGCUGUGAAUGACAUAUGCAGGAUUGAGAAUCUGGAGAGCUGCAUUGCAUUGGAGGAGCUCUAUCUCGGGAGCAACAGAAUAAGGAUAGUGGAGGGCUUGGAAAGGCUGACGAGCUUGAGGGUGUUGGACCUCCAAAACAACGAGAUUGAGGCGGUUGAUUGCUCCAUGAUACCCAGUAGUGUCGAGGUUCUUCUUCUUGGGGAGAACAGAGACCUCAGAGCAUUGGAGAAUAUAGAGCACCUUCCUCGUCUCAGGAUUCUUGGAUUAGAGAAGACAAGUAUAUCUGAGGGCAUAGCAAGAGACGGUCUUACUGUUUGGAGGUGA